AUAAAUAGCAGUGUUUGUAUUUAAUAAUUUUUAUACACUUCAAGCAAAAAUAAUAAUUUUACAAACUUAACCUACCUCAUUAUUACUAAAAACUAAAAUGUUUACCAAAAUAAUUGCAAUAUUAUUGAUUGGAUUCAUUGUAUGUAUUGAAUGUCAACCAGAAAAUGGUUGUGAGUGUGGAUCCGGUGGGGGUCGUGGGGGUGGACGAGGGGGUCGUUUCGGUGGUGGACGUGGAGGUAAUGGACGUCCUAAUGGUGAUCAACAGUCAGGGUUUGGAGUGUCUAAUGGUGGACAACAGGACGGAUUUGGUGGCCAAUAAAUUGGGGGGGGGCUGUUUAAAUAGAGUUCACUAA